AUGAGGCUGGUGCUGGAAACGGAGGGCCACGAUGAAGCAUACCAGCAAAGAAGACUGCAGUCGCUACAAAGCAUGAUCGAGGGUGUGGAGCAGGCACUACAGGACGAUGGAGGCGAAGAUGGCGAUGAGGACGCAGGAGCAGGAGCGCAGCAAAACGUCGUCCAGGAGUCCAAUGGCGCGGGCGGCGAAAACAUCCAUGCGAAUACGCUCGUCCCGAAGCCCCCUGGCGUUGGCGGCGAACGCAGCGACGUGUUCACGCAUGCGCAGGAAGGAGCUGCUCGUGCUCAAGCCUCGAGGCACCCGCGAACAGCAUCAGCCUUGUGGUAA